UUCGUUUUGUUUAUCAUCACGGACGCCGACGCUGCCGCCUAAUGCAAUCUUGAAGGGCUGGAGUUCGAGUUCCCCGUACGCAACCCAAUCAGUCGGACACGUCGGCGUGACGUCAGGUCCAUCCCCUUACCGAGAGCGCGCGCGUUCGAGGAUACGCCACGGGGGCGCGCACAUGCGCACAGGCUGGCUGCUGUGAUGUGAACGUCCACACGCACAGAGAGAGAGAGAGAGAGAGUGCGAGAGAGAGAGAAGUGGAAAACGAGCAGAGGUUGGCGCCACUAGGAGAGAGAGGACCAUGCUGGAUUGACUGCAGACAAACAACCGCAAUCAAUGGCUCGGCUUUGAAAUCGUUCCCAAUUUAUCGGCAAGGAAAGGGAGAGGAGCGAGGAGAGGAGUGAGACCAGACAGAGCGCGUGUGCGUGCGUGCGUGUGCGUGCGUCCGUCCGUCCGAGCGGGGUGGAAUUAAAGAUCCCCCCCUCUUUAUUUCCUCCCCCAAACAUGGAGCUUACAAUGGAGAACAUUGGCAACCUGCACGGCGUGGCUCACUCCCACCAAAGCGGGGACCUCAUGAACUCCCCCCACCACGCGCGGCAGCCGUCGGCGGCGUCGCACCGGAACUUGGUGUCGUCCCACGGCCGCUCGGCCAUGGUGUCCAGCAUGGCCUCCAUCUUGGAGGGCGCGGGCGACUAUCGCGCCGACCACGCGCUCUCCGGUCCCUUGCACCCGGCCAUGAGCAUGUCGUGCGACUCGGGGGGGAUGAGCCUGAGCAGCACCUACACCACCUUGACGCCGCUGCAGCACCUGCCGCCCAUCUCCACCGUGUCGGAGAAGUUCCACCACCCGCACCCGCACGCGCAUCACCACCACCCGGCGCACCAGCGGCUGGCGGCGGGCAACGUGAGCGGCAGCUUCACGCUCAUGCGGGACGACCGCAGCCUCGCUUCCAUGAGCAACCUGUACGGCCAUUACCCCAAGGACAUGUCCGGCAUGGGCCAGUCGCUGUCUCCCCUUUCCAACGGCCUCGGACCCUUGCACGGCUCCCAGCAGUCCCUCGGCGCCUACGGCCCCGGAGCUCACCUCUCCAACGACAAGAUGCUCUCGGCGGGCGGGUUCGAUUCCCACGCCGCCAUGCUGUCGAGGGGCGAGGAGCACCUGGCGCGGGGGCUCGGCGGUCACGGCGCCGGCCUCAUGACGUCCCUCAACGGCAUCCACCACCACAGCCACCCGCACUCUCAGGCCAACGGCUCGAUGCUGUCGGAGCGGGAUCGGCAGGCGGUGGUCGGGGGCGCGCAGGGGGGCGGGUCCGGCCAGGUGGAGGAGAUCAACACCAAGGAGGUGGCGCAGCGAAUAACGGCCGAGCUCAAGCGCUACAGCAUCCCGCAGGCCAUCUUCGCCCAGAGGAUCUUGUGCCGCUCGCAGGGCACCCUGUCCGACCUGCUGCGGAACCCUAAACCGUGGAGUAAACUCAAGUCGGGCCGCGAGACCUUCCGGAGGAUGUGGAAGUGGCUCCAGGAGCCCGAAUUCCAGCGGAUGUCGGCGCUGAGGCUUGCAGCCUGCAAGCGCAAAGAACAGGAGCAACACAAAGACCGCAACACAGCGCCCAAGAAGCAGCGCUUGGUCUUCACCGACCUGCAGCGGCGCACGCUCAUCGCCAUCUUCAAGGAGAACAAGCGGCCAUCCAAAGAAAUGCAGAUCACCAUCUCCCAGCAGCUCGGCCUGGAGCUCAGCACCGUCAGCAAUUUCUUCAUGAACGCACGCCGCCGCUGCGUGGACCGUUGGCACGACGACCACGGCACCGGCCCCGGGCAGCCGGGCACUUCCGCCACCACCUUCUCCAAGGCCUGAAAGGAAGGGGGAGGGGGCAAUCCAGGCCUGGGCGAGCAGGCGUAGCAAACUGGCAUUGAGAGCCCCAUCCGGGCCUGGACCGUCCUCUGCCCACCCCUGGCCCAACACAAAAAAAAAAGAA